AUGUCGACGCCAGCAGUACUCCGCCAGAGCAUGCGACGGUUCGCUACCUCGGCUGUGCGCCGCGCAGUCGUCCCAGCUGCAGCCCAGGAACCCAGCGCAACCACCAUUGCCGUUUCAAAGGCUCAGGGCGUUUCUUAUGGAUUAACCGGUGCCAUUGGCAACACGCCCCUGAUUCGACUCAACAAGCUCUCGGAGCAGACCAAAUGCGAGGUCCUCGGCAAGGCCGAAUUCAUGAACCCGGGCGGCUCCAUCAAGGACCGAGCGGCGCUGUACGUGGUCAAGGACGCCGAGGAGCGCGGGCUGCUGCGGCCAGGCGGCACCGUGGUCGAGGGCACGGCGGGCAACACGGGCAUUGGCCUCGCCCACGUCUGCCGCUCAAAGGGUUACCGCCUGGUCAUCUACAUGCCCAACACGCAGUCGCAGGGCAAGAUUGACCUGCUGCGGUUGCUGGGCGCCGAGGUCUACCCCGUCCCCGCCGUCGCCUUUGACAAUCCCGAAAACUACAACCACCAGGCGCGCCGCCACGCCGAGCGCCUCGUCCGCGAGCAGGGCGAGGGCGCCUCGGUCUGGACCAACCAGUUUGACAACACGGCCAACCGCCGCGCCCACAUUGAGACCACGGGCCCCGAGAUCUGGGCCCAGACCAACGGCAAGAUUGACGCCUUUACCUGCGCCACGGGCACGGCCGGCACGCUGGCCGGCACCACGCGCUUCCUCAAGGACAUUAGCGGCGGCCGCGUCAAGAGCUUCCUGGCCGACCCGCCCGGAUCCGUGCUGCACUCGUACAUACAGUCGGGCGGCAAGCUGGCCGAGCGCCAGGGCGGCUCCAUCACCGAGGGUAUCGGCCAGGGCCGCGUCACCGACAACCUGGCCCCCGACCUGCCCCUGGUCGACGGCAGCUUGCACAUUAGCGACGAAAAGACCAUUGAGAUGGUCUACCGCUGCCUCGACGAGGAAGGUCUGUACUUGGGUGCCAGCAGCGCCCUCAACGUGGUCGCGGCCAAGGAGGUUGCCGAGAUGAUGGGUCCUGGACACACUGUCGUUACUCCCCUCUGCGACGGUGCCUACCGAUAUGCCGACCGUCUGUUUAGCAGGAAGUGGCUCGAGACCAAGAACCUGAUCGGCUCGAUUCCCGAGUCCCUCAAGAGAUAUAUCGUCUUGCCAUAA